UCAUCACGGCUGAUAAUAUACAUACAUAUCUGCACUGGUUUUUAAUAGAGAUGUGCUAGUUUAAUAAGAGGUUUUGAGGGUUUAAUGAGAGUUUUUGCUAGUUUAAUAAGAGGUUUUGAGAAAUUAAUCGUGAGUUUGGCGUGUUUUCAGAGUUGCAUUUGAACUUCCUGUUUCACCUGUUCGGCAGGUAACAGGCCUCUCAAACAUGGAGGACAAUCACAAACCAGGGACAUAAACGAGGCUUAUAUCUGCUGUAAUAUCUGCUCAUAUCAGCUCAUAGUCGCUGUGUGUGGUCACACACGGCUGUUCUCGGUCAUACACGGCUGUUAUCGAUCACACUCGCUGUUGUUGAUCAUGGACGCGAAGAGAAGCUCGUUCACGGGAGUUGUGUCGUGUGUGUGUAUCUCUCUCGUGCUGUUGAGGAGUGUGUGUUGUAUCUCAGUGACGGCUCCAGCAGAGGUCAGUGCUGUUCGAGGAUCGGCCGUCACCCUGUCCUGCUCCUUCAGCUCCUCCAGCUCCGUCACCAGCGCCAUGUCCGUCGACUGGAGCUUCCGGCCCGCGGGCGGCGGCGGCCCGGACCAUACGUUCUUCCACUUCUCGUCGCAGGCGUACCCGCCGCUGGAGGAUUACUUUAAGGGCCGUGUGAAGUGGCUGGGCAGCCCGUCGGCCGGAGACGCCUCUAUCCAGCUCCUGAACGCCUCGCUCAGCGACAACGGCACCUACACCUGUGCCGUACGCAACCCUCCCGACGUGCAGGGAAGCCCAGCGCAGACCGUGCUCAGCGUCACGCCACAGAGAGUGUCGCUGGCGUUCACGGAUGUGGGUGUGUUGCUGGUGUUUGUCCUGGUGCCGUCAGGAAUCAUCACACUGCUCCUGCUGGGCCGGAUCCUGUGUCCGUGUUCCCCCGAGAGCCCGGGGCCCGUCGCGACCCAUCACUCGCCCAUCGAGGAGCUCGCCGGUGAGGAGUAUCUCUACCAGACGCAGAAGCAAAGCUCCAUGUGCUGCUGUUACUUUAAGGGCUCUGAAUAUGAAGAUGACUACAUGCAAGAGAAACCACACGAACUCACCUUCACCGAGUCCCAGUGUUAGAUAAACUCCUGUGUGUGUGUGUGUGUGUGUGUGUGUGGUUCUUGCAUGUUUGAUAAACCCAGACGUCAUUCCACUGCCGAGACUUCCUGUUUUGAGUGGGUAAUUUUGGUUAUUUAUAAUGAUGGACUGUUACUGUAAUCUAUGAAUUAAAUUACUAUAAAAGAUGAGAAGACAGGCUGAUUUGAUAUAAUUCGACAUUCAGCGCCUUAAGGUUCUUGCCCACCGAGUCUGAAGAACCUGGGUGACUUUCGGAUUCAUUGUGCAAAGAUCUUUUGGCGGGACACAUGAGAGAUUCGUGUGAUAUGAUUGGCUAAUUCUGUUUCCUGAGAUCCUUCAUGUUUUACCAUUUAUUUUCACCGUGAUAAAGAAAAACCUUUGUACAAUUCUAUUUUGUUUAGAUAUAAUAUGAAAUGUAACUUUAACAUUAUUAACUAUUUUUAUGAACUAAUUAUUUUUUAUAAUUCAAAUAGAACCAUCAUAGAAAGGUGUUAGUAUUUAAAAGCAUCCAAUUUCAGCAGUUUGAUGAAAGGAAAAGCUUAAGUUUAAACUAAAAUAUGACCUACAUGUUUAUUUCCACACUGUAUAAUAUCUGUGAAGGCAGUUUUUAACUCCCCAAACGGGGUGUAGUAGUUUUCACUGUAUUUGCUAAAGCUUAAGGUCAAAUGUAAUAUAGCAUAAAAGAUCUACAAAAUAUAAAUAAAUGAUAUUUACAUUUAAACACA